GUCCACCACUGCUGCUGCGGGUCUUAUGAAAGGAGCUCGACUCAUGAAGGUGUUCGUCGCUGGCCCGUUGCCGGCCGAGGGCAGGGCUGCGCUCGCCCAGGCCGCAGACUGUGAGGUGGAGCAGUGGGAUUCAGAUGACCCCAUCCCGAGCAAGGAUCUGGAGCAAGGUGUGAUGGGGGCCCACGGCUUGCUCUGCCGCUUCACUGACCGCGUGGACAAGAAACUUCUGGAUGCUGCAGGAGCCAACCUCAAGGUCAUCAGCACCCUGUCGGUGGGAGUUGACCACUUGGCUUUGGAUGAAAUCAAGAAACGCGGGAUCCGGGUAGGCUACACGCCAGGUGUCCUGACAGAUGCCACUGCAGAACUUGCUGUCUCUCUGCUACUCACGACCUGCCGCCGGUUGCCAGAGGCCAUAGAAGAAGUAAAGAACGGUGGCUGGAGCUCCUGGAACCCCUUAUGGAUGUGCGGCUAUGGACUCUCGCAGAGCACUGUUGGCAUCGUAGGGCUGGGGCGCAUAGGUCAGGCCAUUGCUCGACGACUGAAACCGUUUGGUGUCCAGAGAUUUCUCUACACAGGGCGCCAGCCCAAGCCUCAGGAAGCAGCAGAAUUCCAGGCCGAGUUUGUGCCCAUGGCUCAGCUGGCUGCGGAGUCAGACUUCAUUGUAGUGGCCUGCUCCUUAACACCUGCUACCAGGGGGCUCUGUGGCAAGGAUUUCUUCCAGAAGAUGAAGAACACAGCCAUUUUUAUCAACAUCAGCAGGGGAGAUGUGGUGAACCAGGAAGACCUGUACCAGGCAUUAGCCAGUGGUCAGAUUGCAGCAGCAGGACUGGAUGUGACCACCCCAGAACCACUGCCUCCAAGUCACCCCCUGCUGACGCUGAAGAACUGUGUGAUCCUGCCCCACAUUGGCAGUGCCACCUACAAGACUCGCAACACCAUGUCCUUGCUGGCAGCUAACAACUUGCUGGCUGGCAUAAGAGGGGAGCCAAUGCCGAGUGAACUUAAGCUGUAGCCAGAGAGGCUUUCAAGAGCUGGAGACAUGUUGCCUCCCUGACGGACCCAGGCUGGACUUUGAACUGAGGCAAGAGCCUGAGGGAUGCCUCCUCUACUGCGUCUUCGAGGGACAUGGGAACUGGCAGAUAAGCUGGGCACGUCCCUGCCAAAAGCCUGUCAUGCUAACAGUAAAAAAUUUCUGACACA